AUGGCUCCGUUGGCAGAAGAAAAGGCCCUCAACGGUGUUGACACAUCCGAGAAACUGCUUCAAGAUCUUCAGGACAGCAAGACUCUCCCGUUGUGGACUCAGAUGACUCGGCUUAACCCACCUGCGCCAAACCCAACAACAGUCCCUUUCGUCUGGGAGUACGAAACCAUUCGCCCCAAUCUGCUGCGGGCUGGUAACCUCAUUUCCGAGAAGCAGGCCGAGAGACGAGUGUUGAUGCUCAUCAAUCCCACUAGAGAUGCCCCCUACACAACUGAUACCCUCUACGCCGGGCUGCAGCUUGUCAUGCCCAAUGAGACUGCCCCAGCGCACAGGCACACUGCCUUUGCUAUGCGCUACAUCAUUGAGGGCAACGGAGGUUUCACUGCCGUCCACGGUAAACGAAUUCAGAUGCAGAGGGGUGAUGUGAUUCUCACCCCAACCUGGAAUUGGCACGAUCAUGGAAAAGAUGGCUCUGGGCCCAUGAUCUGGCUCGAUGGUUUGGAUUUGCCGAACUUCCGUCAUUUCCCUGUUCACUUUGUUGAGCACUUUGAGCAACCCAGAUAUCCUGCUGAGAAUGUCGAUACCAGCGCUUCGCCUAUUGUGUUUCCUUGGGUUCGUAUGAAGGCCCAGCUCGACAAGGGUUCAGAUAACUGGACCACUCAUCGAUACCUAAAGGAAGACGGACGUGAAGUGAGCCGCAUUCUUGGUGGCUGCGCAGAACGGUUGAAUGCUUCCACCUCUUCCCCCACCCGUCGUGAAACUACGUCUGCCGUGUACCAUGUGAUCUCAGGAAGCGGAACUUCCCAGGUUGGCGAUGAGAUCCUCACAUGGAAGACCGGAGAUACGUUCUGCAUUCCUUCGUGGCACAAAUACCAGCAUUCCGCCAACGAGGGGGAAACGGUGUAUUUUUAUCGCUUCGAUGAUAAGCCAAUGAUUACAGCUCUUGGAUUCUAUCGGACGGAACAGAUGGAUCGGGCCUAUAGCGUAUAUAAUUGGCGCUUAAAGUCGACCAUUUUUUAA